AUGAUCCUUGACCUCUCGGCCAACAAUGAACGCUUGAUCCAGCGACUCGAGGCCACCGUUGACCAACUCAAUGCCAAAGUCGAUCCCCUGAUUGAACAGAUGGCUGAACUCAAGCAACUCAUGAAGACGGGUUCCAAGCCUGCAACGAGCGCCGGAAAAUCUUUUGCGUCAGUCGCGUCAACAACCCUUGCCGGAUCCAUUCACGCGCCGACGACACGUUCCCCACCCAAGCAGACCAUCGCCUCCUUGAAACCAAAACAGGUCAUUAUUCAUUCAAACCCUGCAAACACUACAUUGAAGGAUGUGCCCAGCGGGGCCCUGGUCCAGAAAGCAAACGAGGCCCUUCUCGGCCUAGAUGCUCGAGUUAGAGGCGAGGCUGUAGCAAUCAGGGGAGCGAGCAUGCUCCCCUCCGGUGAUGUCUCUUUCUACACGAAGAACAGAUCACACCAGAAAUGGCUCAUGGACAACAAACACGUGUGGUCCAAGGCAGUUCAUCCCGAUUUGGAGGCGACCCCCAGCACCUAUUUGGUUAUGGCCCAUGGAAUUCCCAAGACGUUUGAUAUCAGCAGGCCCGCUAAUCUUGCACUGCUGGCUUCCAAAAAUAACUUCCAAGCAAUCAAUCUAGCGCGCGUAAGAUGGAUGGGCUCAAAUGAACCGUCAACAAAGAAGGCCGGCUCUCUAGUAUUGGCGUUUACCAACAAAGACUUGGCCUUUCGGAUUGAGAAGUCAGGAAUCUUCCUGAACUACGACUACCACCAAACGGAACGCUUCAAGCCUCGUCCACCCCAGUGUUUCAAAUGCCUCAGGAUGGGACACUUUGGCAAAUGGUGCCGAGAAUCCGCCAGGUGUGCAAAGUGUGCCGGCAAGCAUCUGACAAAUGAAUGCCCCAAUGGCAUUGGUGGUGUCAAGACGUGCGUUCUCUGCAAGGAAGGCAUCAAGAACAAGAUUGAAGGUGUCAGCGACAUCAAGCACACUCCUUUCAACAUGGCCUGCCCCUUCAAGAAGGCCUGGUUUGAUAAAAAACCCCUACCCUCUCAAUGUUAG